AUGGGAUCUUCUGAAGGAAACAAGAUCAACGAGGGAACCAGUUUUCAGCCAUCGGAGCCGGUUCUCUGCGCCAGCGGCUGCGGCUUCUUCGGUACAGCGGCGACGAUGGGUCUUUGCUCAAAGUGUUACUCAUAUUUACGGAUCGAGAACGAACAAGCCGCCUCAGCCAAGAUUGCCAUGGAAAAGAUUGUCGGUACUGUAUGUCCAUCAUCUUCUGUGGUGGAAGAGAAGGUUGUAAUGGAGGAGGUGGCGGCGGCAGUGGUGGAGAAGAAGGUGGUUAGUAAUAGGUGUUUGAGUUGUAACAAAAAGUUGGGUUUGACGGGAUUCAAGUGUAAGUGCGAUAGUUUCUUCUGUGGAACGCACAGGUACCCGGAAAAACAUGAUUGUACCUUUGACUUCAAGGCACAAGGAAGAGAAGAGAUUGCCAAGGCUAACCCUGUAAUCAAGGCUGAUAAAAUUUAUAGGUUUUGA